AUGAUGGAAGGAACGGAUGACGACCCGGGACAUCAGUCCAUGGAUCAGACGACCGCUCAACUGAAGAGAGCUGUCCAAUACUGGCUCGACAAAUCCACCAUUCACAUAGUUCCACGGUGGUGUGUAUUCGCACUCUUGCUGUCUUUAUUCUUUUUGCGAAUCUAUUUGGUGCAGGGCUAUUUCAUUGUCGCGUAUGGAUUAGGAAUUUUCCUGCUGAAUAAUUUCAUUGCUUUUUUGUCACCGUUGGAGGAUCCCAAUGAAGGACCCGGGCUACCAUCCACUGCAAGUGAGGGCAAGGAAUACCGACCAUUCACACGACGUCUACCCGAGUUCAAGUUCUGGAUGGCUUGUUCACGAGGAACUUUUACGUGCAUAUUCAUGACCUUCUUCCCAGUUUUUGAUAUUCCAGUCUUUUGGCCCAUCUUGCUGAUGUACUUCUUCAUUCUAUUUUUCAUGACAAUGAAGAGACAAAUUUUGCACAUGUACAAACACAAAUAUGUUCCAAUCAGCUGGGGAAAGUCCAAAUACAAGCAUGCAGGAGUUGAGCAAGGAAUGUACGGUGGAGGCAUGUCCAAGUCGAGAUAA